GCGCUGAACACUCCCGACCGGAUCUAUUGCUCUAGUUGCUCCACUCUCUGACUACCAUCUCCGAUGUCCUGUCAUGGCUUGACCUCCAUCUUCUGCCUCAACACGCCCUUCCCUGGAUGAAUUCGACGAGCCACGUGGCUCGUCCUUACCUAAUCGCCGACCCGGAAUGGCAGGCUCAACAUCCAACGGUCUAGACCCGCGCGCAGCUUCGCGGGUGUCGCGCAACGAUGCUACUCAUUCCCUGACUGCGCUCCAAGGUGCUCUCAGUGCGUUUCACGGGCCUCCCUCAAGAGGUGUUUCGCCCGCUGCUACUCAUAGAACUGGCAUGACCAUGGAUCACGAACCUGGCUCCGAGCCUCAGUCCGAGGCCGACACGCCUGAAGUUGGCUCGGUAAAGGACAAGAUAGGGAGGUUCACGGCCCAGUCGCAGCCCCCCAAAUUGCAGACGACGCCCGAGAGGACCCAGAUCCAUAAGCCAAUUACGAAGCAACGGUCUAUGCAUCAGAUCGCGGCCCAGCUUGCCGCCGAGAAGUCCUCGAUGGCAAGCGCAAAGAGAGAGCCCUCCCCGGCGCCGAGUAUGCAUUCGCAAAGGGCACAUAGGGCUCCAACUGUCCACCGCAACCAGAAUCAACCUCUUGACUUGUUGACUGGGGAUUCUAUGGACGACAUGACGACAAGCACCAGCUCUACCCCUAGUAUCUCGGCAGAUGAGCAAGGCCUCCCAUCCAGGACCAGGUCUAUUCAACGAAAGCCAGUGGGAGAGAUGUCCCCUACGACGAUUGAGCCUAUGAAGACGGCUACAGCGAAGCCUCGUCCCGUUCCGCCGCUGCCACGGAAACCUCCAAUGGCCACUGGUGGUCCAAAUUCCACGGGACCCGCUGUUCCUAUCCAAAACCAAACGCGAAGUCAUGCGCAGCCUUUAAGUUCCAGUGCAUCAGUUCGCUCCAAGGCUUCAUCCACCUUUUCCGACGAGAAAGCACCCCCACUCCCGGCUCGACCAGGCACCUUCCCCAAUCCGGGGCUGAGAGACCAUCGAAAACUCCUAGAUACCCCAACCCCUCCCAGACGACCAAUCAGUCCAAGCAUUACCUCGGUAUCCGGUCGCUCACUCAACACCAGCAGCUCGAGUCUUCUCGACAUGGACGAAGAGGCUCUUUCGGAUGCCAUCGUUGCGUCGUCCUUGGCAUCCAGCAGGGCACCGCCGGCUAGGAAAGUCCCUCCCACUCCUCCACCGCAACGCCGGCCCAGAUCCCGUUCAAUCCUACGCCUGCAACACUCGGGCAAGAGCCAACAUUCGAUAUCAUCCAGUCCCCCGGGCACCAUGCGACAUACUCUCCGCGACCCGGUCAAAUCCGACGACGAGGAGGGACAUCACCAGCGCCACCGGAAACAUCUCGUUCGAAAACACCCCCACAAGCACCACGAGGGGGAUCGAAAACGGUGGCGCAGCGAAAUCACGGAAAAGGAGCGGAAGCGGUACGAGGGGGUCUGGGCUGCCAAUAAGGGGAUGUAUAUUGUCCCCGCCCUACUCGAUAACCCGUCAGCACAGCAAGAUCAAGCGGCCAGUGGAUAUCCAGUGCAGGCUUCAGACAUGGUUGUGAACGUCGUGGUUCAGGAUAUCUGGUCGCGCAGUCGCUUACCGACCAACAUGUUGGAGCAGAUCUGGGAUCUCGUCGAUGGGCAGAAGAUAGGCAUCUUGAAGCGGGAGGAGUUUGUCGUGGGAAUGUGGUUGAUUGACCAGCAGUUGAAGGGCCAUAAGCUCCCUGCCAAGGUCCCCGACAGUGUUUGGUACAGCGUGAGGCGCGUGCCGGGCGUGACGCUGUCCCAGCAAAGCCUCAUAUAACGGUGGAUCCUAAUUGUCUCUCAUCUUAUAGCCCUACUGCAGAGCGGUAGCUAGGCCCUAGCAAUAGUCGAAGUUUAUUGAACUCAACGUAAUGAAAUCGGCGUGACU